GAAACACUUCCCGCGCAUUUCGCACGCGUCGCCAAAACAAGAUCGGAAGCAAAAACAGAAGGCAGAAAUCAGAUUGCAAACAAACGCCGAGGAUAACAAACGCACCGCUUGACAUGGACAAUCCAAGCUCUCCGCCACCAAACACGCCCAGUGACGCCGCCGAGCGGCGCGAGCUUCGGGCUGCGAUGACAUCGCCGGUUGGCGACUUUGAGCCCUUCGAGAACGAGGACGAGAUCCUCGGGGAUCAGACGGUGCGCGAUGAGGGCGAGGAGGAAGACGGCGAGGAGCUGUUCGGGGACAACAUGGAGAACGACUAUCGUCCCAUGCCGGAGCUGGACCACUACGAUCCGGCGAUGCUGGACGACGAGGAAGACUUCUCGGAGAUGUCGCAAGGCGAUCGCUUUGCCGCCGAGUCGGAGAUGCGUCGACGCGACCGGGCUGCCGGAAUCCACCGUGACGAUCGCGAUCUUGGCUUUGGUCAAUCCGACGACGAGGACGACGUAGGACCGCGGGCCAAGAGACGAGCGGGCGAGAAGGCGGCUGUGGGCGAGGUGGAGGACGCCGAGAUGGUAGAGUCGAUCGAGAACCUGGAGGACACCAAGGGUCACUCGACCAAGGAGUGGGUCAGCAUGCUUGGACCUCGUACCGAAAUUGCCAACCGUUUUCAGUCCUUCCUAAGAACUUUUGUGGACGAGAGGGGAGCCUACACAUACCGCGAUCGCAUCCGGCGAAUGUGCGAGCAGAACAUGUCCUCGUUCGUUGUCUCCUACACAGAUCUGGCCAACAAGGAGCACGUGCUGGCCUACUUCCUGCCCGAGGCCCCUUUCCAGAUGCUGGAGAUCUUUGACAAGGUGGCAAAGGACAUGGUGCUCUCCAUCUUUCCCACUUACGAACGGGUGACAACCGAGAUCCACGUGCGCAUCUCAGAGCUGCCGCUUAUCGAGGAGCUGCGAACGUUUAGGAAACUGCAUCUGAAUCAAUUAGUUCGCACCUUGGGCGUGGUAACCGCCACCACGGGUGUUCUUCCCCAGUUGUCCGUGAUUAAGUACGACUGUGUGAAGUGUGGCUAUGUCCUGGGGCCUUUUGUCCAGUCCCAGAACACGGAGAUCAAGCCCGGUUCGUGCCCGGAGUGCCAAAGCGCCGGCCCCUUCUCCAUCAACAUGGAACAGACAUUGUACCGCAAUUACCAAAAGAUCACGCUGCAGGAGUCGCCGGGAAGGAUUCCAGCUGGUCGCAUUCCCCGGAGCAAAGACGUCAUUCUGCUCGCAGAUUUAUGCGACCAAUGCAAGCCAGGUGACGAACUGGAGGUCACUGGCAUAUACACAAACAACUACGAUGGUUCCCUGAACACCGAUCAAGGAUUUCCCGUUUUCGCCACCGUGAUAAUAGCCAAUCAUGUGGUCGUCAAGGAUUCUAAACAGGUUGUGCAAUCGCUGACGGACGAGGACAUAGCCACCAUUCAGAAGCUUAGCAAGGAUCCGCGCAUUGUGGAGCGCGUGGUGGCCUCCAUGGCGCCAUCGAUUUACGGCCACGAUUAUAUCAAGCGGGCUCUUGCCUUGGCCCUUUUUGGCGGUGAGUCUAAGAAUCCCGGCGAGAAGCACAAGGUCAGGGGUGACAUCAACUUACUGAUCUGCGGAGAUCCCGGCACGGCCAAGUCGCAGUUUCUCAAAUACGUCGAAAAGGUUGCUCCACGGGCUGUUUUCACCACAGGCCAGGGUGCCAGUGCUGUGGGACUCACGGCCUAUGUGCGCCGCAAUCCCGUUUCACGGGAGUGGACCCUGGAGGCGGGCGCUCUGGUGCUGGCUGACCAAGGAGUGUGCCUCAUCGAUGAGUUUGACAAGAUGAACGACCAGGACCGCACUUCCAUCCACGAGGCCAUGGAGCAGCAGUCUAUCUCCAUUUCCAAGGCUGGUAUUGUAACCUCGCUCCAGGCUCGCUGUACCGUCAUCGCGGCUGCUAAUCCCAUUGGCGGGCGCUAUGACCCCUCGAUGACCUUCUCAGAGAACGUCAACCUCUCGGAGCCCAUCCUUUCCCGUUUCGAUGUCCUCUGCGUGGUCAAGGACGAGUUCGACCCCAUGCAGGAUCAGCAGCUGGCCAAAUUCGUGGUGCAUUCGCACAUGAAGCACCACCCCAGCGAAGAGGAGCAGCCGGACUUGGAGGAGCCGCAGCUGAAGACUGUGGACGAGAUACCGCAGGAUCUUCUGCGACAGUACAUCGUCUACGCCAAGGAGAAUAUACGCCCCAAGUUGACGAACAUCGACGAGGACAAGAUCGCCAAGAUGUACGCCCAGCUGCGCCAGGAGUCCUUCGCCACCGGUUCGCUUCCCAUAACAGUGCGUCAUAUCGAGAGCGUGAUCCGGAUGUCCGAGGCCCAUGCCCGCAUGCAUCUGCGCGAAAACGUGAUGGAGGCAGACGUCAGCAUGGCUAUCCGCAUGAUGCUGGAGAGUUUCAUCGAGGCGCAGAAGUUCAGCGUGAUGAAAAAGAUGCGCAGCACAUUCCAGAAGUACCUUGCCUUCCAGAAGGACCACUCCGAACUGCUCUUCUUUAUCCUGCGCCAACUGACGCUGGAUCAACUAGCCUAUAUCCGCUGCAAGGACGGUCCGGGCGCUACGCACGUGGAGAUAAUGGAGCGGGACCUGAUCGAACGGGCCAAGCAGCUGGACAUUGUCAACCUGAAGCCCUUCUAUGAUUCGGAUCUGUUCCGCACUAACGGAUUCUCCUACGAUCCCAAGCGACGCAUCAUCCUCCAAAUCGUUGUCGAUGGCAACACAGCUUAAGUUUCAGUUUUGUAUUCCAUCUCAUUUAGUUGUAGGGUUCUCAUCUUUUGUUUCGUUACCCCCAUUUUCGAAUUAAUAAAGUUGAAUAUAUUUUUGUAUUUAUAUAACUAA